CUGCCCACCCCAAGGUAAAAAGAGGAAGCAGGCAACGCGGAGGGCGGUGAAACAGUUAAGCUGAUUCAAGGUGACAUCACUGCUGAUUUGCAUAAGAGCGGAGCUAUAACUGGUCAUGCAGUGAGAGAGUCCUUUUAUACUACCCUCCGGAGCAGCGUCUGUAAAGAUCGGAGUUGUGUCUGUGCGUGCAAAGCAUCACUGAUUAAUCGGCAAAUAUGUCUGACAAACCAGAUAUGGCUGAAAUCGAGAAAUUUGAUAAGUCUAAGUUGAAGAAGACAGAAACGCAAGAGAAGAACCCACUGCCUUCAAAAGAAACAAUUGAACAGGAGAAGCAAGCGGGUGAAUCGUAAUGAAAUCAGCCGUUCCAAAUUAUGCACUGUACAUUCCACAAGCAUUGCCUUCUUAUUUUACUUCUUUUAGCUGUUUUAACUUGGUAAGAUGCAAAGAGGUUGGAUAAAGUUCAAAGGACUGUACUGCCCCUUUCACAUCCAAAAACGAAUAUAGAGAGAGAACUACUGAUGCUGCACGAAGGCGCUGCCCUUUCCAUCUGCCUGUCCAGCUUUGGUCCUGGUGGCACGAAAGAGCUUGCAUGUUUCCUGAAAGAAGAUCCUGGGUGGGACUACAGUAAUCUAGUAACACACGAAUACACGCAAAGCUGUACCAUGGUCCUGCAAGCUGUAAAAUGCAGUUAACCGAGUGCCAUUUUUUUUUGUUCAAAUGAUUUUAAUUAUUGGAAUGCACAAUUUUUUUAAUAUGCAAAUAAAAUGUUUUAAAACCUGGA